AGACUGGGAGGUGUGUCGGUGCCGACGCGAGCGGCCACCAUGGCGUGCGGCUGCCGCUGUGUGCUGCUGCUGUCCAUGUCGGUGCUGACGCUCUCCGGGACCCUGCUAGGGCUCGGGAUCAGCCGGCUCGCCGACACCGGGGCGCAGGCCGUGGCGCGGCUGGACGGCGACCAGUGCAUCAGGGCAGACUUCUGUGUGUCGAACGACGUCUGGACGACUGUGUUCGGCGGCGCCGGCCUGCUGCUGCUGCUGUUUAUCCUGCUGCCUGCAUGUCAGUGUACGUCACUGCUCGGCAAUCUGCUGCUGCUGGCGCUCUUUUUCGUGGCUGCCCGUCUAGAUGAAAUUACUGGUCAGCCUGCCGGCGGGACGCUGGACCACGUCACCGCCAUCAUGAACGCCUCGCUGGACGAGUACCGGAACAACUCACCCAUCGCGCGCGACUGGGACCACGUGCAGCGAGCUCUGCACUGCUGCGGACCCACCUGCGCCGCUGACUGGGCGCCCGUGCUCGGCAACGGCACGGUGCCCGACUCGUGCUGCGAGCGAGCCGCGGCGGCCACCUGCAGCGCCGCGGAGGGCGCGUUCAGUGCCGGCUGUGCGCCGACCGUGCAGAAGCGGGUGGCGCGCCAGAGGCGCUGGUCCGUGGCGCUGGCCACAACCACCGGCAGCCUGCUGCUGCUGCUGGUCAUCGUGACGUCCUGCGGCCCAAUAUGUGGCCUAAUAAGCGGCGGCGACGGCGGCGGUGACGAAUUACUUCCAUUGCUCCGCGGGCGCACGCGGGCGGAUCUGAACAACCAUGCCAACCAGUUGAACCCCAACAACUGGCGCUUCAAGCCCAGGCUCCGCGGCCGGUAAAAGCCGUCUGUGCGAUCGACAGAGGGCUGCAUACUGCAUUCGAUUAGCAGUUCGAACUCAUCGCUUCCUUUCUGUUCCAGUCACAUAUAAACAUGGUGUGUACUAGUAGAUUCCUUAGGUUAUGCGGAUUCUAUGGUUUUGAGAAAACACGGGUACGGGGUAAAUAUGUUUAUAAAGCAAGUGAAACGUCUUUUGCAAUGUUAUAUUUAAAGAUAUGUACUUACAUAAAUGAUAAUGUCAUGAUUCAUGAACCUCGCUGCAUUUUGUGUCGCAUGAGCAUUUUGAGAUAAGCAGCCUAUUAUCCCGCACCCUACUGGGGGGGGGCUAUUUAUAGCCCCCCUCCAGUUUUCUUGCAAUAACUUCCAAACCGCUUGACGUGUUGACGCCAAACUUUCAGUACCUUCGGCUUCAUCAAUUUGACACCUUGUGUCAAAAUUUGAAUUUCGUACCUACCAUAGGUCGGCCGGAAAUGACGUCAGAGUGACGUCAUGUUCGGCCGAUUUCGACGCAAAACAUUGAACCACGGCAAUCGCUCCCAAGAGCUCAGUUUUUAAGCUAGAUCCAAUUUCUUUGCAUGAGAGGACUCAGAAUAGACUGCGCUAUCAAACUGCAAUCUCUGAUUUUCGAAAUUUUGAGAAUUUCGAAAACUUUAUAUAAUAAAAUUCAAAAUUUAUAUUUUUACAUUUUUUUCAAUUCUUUUUUGACUUUUCGAAAAAAACCGGAACAUAUGUGAUAGAACGCAUUAUUAUGACUAACUCUAGCAAGUUUUAGCUAAAUAUCUUCAAAAAUGGCCAAGUUAUACGCAUUAUUGCAAAAAAUUAACAAUUAUUAAUUUUUCAAAUCAAUUUUUCAGCAUGAAUUUGACAUCGUACGCCAAUAUAAAUAGCACCAUCGUGUUCCUGAGCUCAAACUGCAUCCAAUAGACACCUUUUUUUUGUUGAAAAAUUUUAACUUCAAAAUUUGACCUUUUUGACCUGAAAGUGACCUGACCUAAGCUAAAUUUGACUCAAAAUGACCUCGAAUGACACAGACGACAUCAAAUUCAAAAUGUUUGGCCUAAAUGGACCAUAAAACAUGUGUCACGUGACCGACGGAUGAUAUAAUAUUUUCGUGACCUGUGAUGACCUGACCUUGACCUGAAAAUCAAAGUACAAGUUUGGUACCCUCAGAGUAUCUAGAGUAUCUUUUCACGAGUGUGUGAACCAAAAAUGAGCCUGAUCUGACUUGUAAGACGGCGGCCAGAGCCCAAAACGUGAAGAAGCCAAAAUGCUAAUAAUUUUUACUUUGACCUGACCUGUGACGUCAUCGGUGACCUCGAGGUCAAUGAAAUUAGGCUUCGCAUGCCAGUUUUUCCGGGGCUAUCAGACGCCGUUUGAAUUUUGACGAUCGGCCCAGUAGUUUCGGAGUUAGGAGGGGGGGGGGCUAUGAAUAGCCCCCCCCCCAGUAGGGCGUGUUAUACGCAGACCCCAGUGGGGCGCGGGUUAUAUGCCUAGGUUUCCCAGACUUUUAUUCCCAAUUGAUGCGCAUUGUAUAAUGUCGGUGACAGGUUGUUGGCUAGCUGUGUUGUUAUGGCGUUACUUGUAUAAGUUUAUGCCAACCGCAGUAGACUUUGUGUGAAGAAGAAUUAUAGUCGUUUCCAUGUGGCUCACAAAGUUGUUUCCACGAUUUGUUUUCCGCGGACCUGGGAAGGUGCAAGAAGGCUAAUGUACCGGGCAAAACUAUAAGACAAGUAGACGUACACUUAUUUCUCCGUCCGCUGUGAGCCCAGCAAAGUCGCUUAUGUCCAUUGUCCUGUGUCCAUGAACAGUGUGGGUAUGUAUGCGUCUUAUCCCGGGUCCAGUGGGGCACGUGCCGUCGUGCUUAGGUAGGUAUUAUUGUUAUAUAAAUACUCGGAGGAAUGAAUAAUGAAUGAGAAGCUGGUUGUGUGUAAUAUAUGCAUAUUUCUGACACAGUUAUGCAUUUUGUGUGUAAUAUUUU